AUGAGAUUUUUGAAGCGACAGCUGAGGCAAAGGCGAAGUCUUUGUCUUUUUAUUGGCUAUGUUGUGUACAUAAUUAUUGGAGCGCUUAUCUUCAAAAAGGUUGAGCACCAAGAAGAAAACCAAAAAUGCGAAAUCGCAAAGAACGAACUUAUCAAAGAGACGCACCGUUUUGGAAACGAGUACAUUUUCGAUCUGGGCUUGAACUUGAAGUACUGCUCCGGAAUACCAAGAGUAGCGGCCGCUAAUAGGCAGGCAGGGUAUUUCGAUCCCGAGCUCGUGGAGAUUUUCGAGGAGUGGUUCGAGUCUGGAUGCACCUUUGCCGCAUUUAAUCACUUGACGGACGAGUUGAAGCUCGUUGGAAAUGGAGAUAUGAAGCCAAAGUUCGACGAAGAAGUAUUCACGAUAUCUGGCAGGACUCUGCGAAAAAUUUUGAAACAAAGUGCUCAGUUCGGCAUACAUCACUAUCAGAAACUGAACGAAGCGUGCGAGACGCGCUGGGAUUUUGAGUCUGCCUUUUUCUUCUCAGGAACUGUAGCAACAACGAUUGGCUACGGGAAUAUAGCUCCAUCGACGAAUACUGGAAAGGUCUUCACUCUCGUUUUCAGCUUGAUCGGAAUUCCUUAUUUUGGAAUUUUAACAUAUUUCAUCCUCUCAAAAAGUUCGCUUUCAACAAUAGGAUUAGGUGACCUAACACCGCGAACUACACCGCCACUCUGGUCGGCCUUGAAUGUCAUGAACGACACUGCUUGCUUGGCAGAGCUCAUCAAUCCAGUACCAAGUGGUGGUUUCAAUCCACAGAACGUCGAGGCAUCCAAGUGCGCGCCCAAUACAUGGGCGGAGCGUGUGAAUAACGUAUUUCACAUCUACCGAAUGUUGAUUUUCUUCUGGAUUCUUUUCGGACUGCUGUGGCUUGGAGGAAUCAUUUCCCUCGCUCUUGACUACUUCAGAAAUCGCAGACGGCUGGCAAAUCUGGAGACGGUCGAGACUGUACAAGCAGCCCUCAAAAAGCUCAAUGAAAUCCCGUGGAGCCGACGUAGCCGAUGUGAGAGUAUUCGUGGGCAGCUCCGGAUCAGUAGAAAAGUGCCAAACAGGAAGGCAACUCAUUUUUUAUGA